AUGGCCAAAUCCAAGAACUCGUCUCAGCACAACCAGUCCAAGAAGGCUCACAAGAACGGGUACGGGCGUCCAUUCCAUCCUCAGAGUCGUGCGCAGGUCGCUGGCCGGAUUUCGCACGGAAAGAACGGACGUGAGACUAACAUAGAUUUCACCUACAGCAUCAAGAAGCCGAAGACUCACAGAUAUCCGUCGCUGAAGGGUACGGACCCCAAGUUCCGAAGAAACCACAGACAUGCGCUGCACGGAACCAUGAAGGCCCUGAAGGAGGUCAAGGAGGGCAAGAGAGACUCGGCAUAG